AUGACCAUCCGCCAGAUAGAUGGCGACGGCAACGCGGCCCACGUUGUCCAGCUCGUCCAGCACGGCCAGCGAUACCGAGUCGCCUUCCUUGCCCGACCCAAGGGGACGUACGUCCAUAUGACAAUGCGCACCCGUAUCGGCGUCGUCGAAGAGAAUUCUUUUCCCGCCCGACCGUUUUCCCCUCGGCAAGUCGGCGACGUAAACUCGGACAUCAUUCUCCUGCGCCAAGCCACACGCCAACACGCUCGCGUCCGCAAGCUCCUCUUCCCCGCUCAGGAGGAUGACGAUCGCCCCGAGAUCGCGCGCGAAUUUCUUGCCCGCGACGAAGGGGUCAUCGAUUGCCCUCGACCCGUACGUUUGGCUCGAGGCGAACCCAAGUCCACCACCUCCCGCAGCUUCGGCUCGGAAUAA